UUAACACGGACUCCCGGCGUAGGAGCAGCGGCUCGUAGCGGCGGAGGAACGCGCUCUAGCGGCGGGACUCUGCUUCUUCCCCCGCGGUUGUCGCGAGCUCCAGACGGCCUGAAUCAGCCUUUCUGUGGGAUGGCGGCGCUGCGGCAGCUCGCAGUCCGGACGGCGCUGGAUUUGUGAGGAAUUAACGGCUCGUUUUGUGCGCUGAAAUCGGCCCAGAGAGCAGCGGAGGAGAGGCGGCGCCUCGGCUUCGGACGGUCAGGUUCUCAGCGAGGAUGCAGCAGUGAGCAUCAUCUGAUCGUUACCAUGGCGAUAUUUGGUAGCAGCCAGGUCUGCAGCGGUCAGGAGAACUGCUCGGCCAACAGCGGAUCCAAAGACUACUGUUACUCGGCCCGAAUCCGCAGCACGGUGCUGCAGGGGCUGCCAUUCGGAGGCGUGCCCACCGUGCUCGCCCUCGACUUCAUGUGCUUCCUGGUGCUCCUGUUUGUCUUCUCCAUUCUGAGGAAGGUGGCGUGGGAUUAUGGCCGCCUGGCGCUGGUCACAGACGCAGACAGACUGAGGAAACGUUUCAGCAUCCUGAAGGAGCAGAUUUACGUCGCCUCAGCAAUGCACUCCGAGACUCCUGACCGCUAUGAACGCCUCACCUCAGUGUCCAGCUCCGUCGACUUCGACCAGAGGGAUAACGGCUUCUGUUCGUGGCUGACGGCCAUUUUUAGAAUAAAGGACGAGGAGAUCCGGGAGAAGUGUGGUGAGGACGCUGUGCACUAUCUGUCCUUCCAGCGGCACAUCAUCGGCCUGCUGGUUGUCGUCGGCGUCCUCUCGGUUGGCAUCGUCCUGCCUGUUAACUUUUCUGGAGACCUGCUGGAAAACAACGCUUACAGUUUUGGACGCACCACCAUAGCCAACCUGAAGUCUGGGACCAAUCUGCUGUGGCUCCACACGACGUUUGCCUUCAUGUAUCUGCUGCUGACUGUCUACAGCAUGAGAAGACACACGUCCAAGAUGCACUACAAAGAAGACGAUCUGGUGAAACGCACUUUAUUCAUUAACGGCAUCUCGAAGUAUGCAGAGGAGAGUCAGAUCAAGCAGCACUUCGAGCAGGCGUAUGAGAACUGCACGGUUCUGGAGGCCCGGAUCUGCUACAACGUGGCCAAACUGAUGGCUCUGAAUGCUGAGAGAAAGAAGACGGAGCGCAGUAAGAAGUUCUUUACCGACCUGAUGGCAAAGGAACACGUUCCCACCAUGAUCAACCCCAAGCCCUGCGGACAUCUCUGCUGCUGCGCCAUCACCGGCUGUGAAGAGGAGGAGGCGGUCAGCUACUACACCAAGAGGGAGGCCAAGCUAAAGGAGGAAUACCGGAAGGAGAAGGAAAAGGUCCACACCAAACCGCUGGGCAUGGCCUUUGUCACCUUCCAGAACGAGGCCAUGACCGCCAUCAUCCUGAAGGAUUUUAACGCGUGUCAGGUUCAGGGUUGCCAUUGUCGGCAGGAGCCUCGUUCCUCUCAGUUCAGUGAAGUCCUUCAUGUUUACAACUGGAGCGUUUCAUACGCUCCCGACCCGCAAAACGUCCGCUGGGAGCACCUGUCACUAGGGGGGAUCUCCUGGUGGAUCCGCUGCUUCAUCAUCAACUGCAUCCUUUUCAUCCUGCUCUUCUUCCUCACCACACCCGCCAUCAUCAUCUCCACCAUGGACAAGUUCAACGUCACCAAGCCUGUGGAGUAUCUUAACAAUCCCAUCGUGACUCAGUUCUUCCCGACUCUGCUGCUCUGGGCUUUCUCUGCUCUGCUGCCCACCAUCGUCUACUACUCUGCCUUCUUUGAGGCUCACUGGACCAGGUCUGGAGAAAACAGGACGACAAUGCAUAAAUGCUACACCUUCCUGAUCUUCAUGGUUCUGCUGCUGCCGUCUCUGGGCCUCAGCAGUCUGGACGUUUUCUUCCGCUGGCUGUUCGAUAAGACGUUCCUGGAUGACGCCACAGUCAGAUUUGAGUGCGUCUUCUUGCCGGACAACGGAGCGUUCUUCGUCAACUACGUUAUCGCUUCGGCCUUUAUUGGGAAUGCCAUGGAUCUCCUGAGGAUUCCCGGUCUGCUUAUGUACAUGAUCCGGCUCUGCCUGGCCCGCUCGGCCGCCGACCGCCGCAACGUCAAGAGGCAUCAGGCCUACGAGUUCCAGUUCGGGGCGGCGUACGCCUGGAUGAUGAACGUCUUCACCGUGGUGAUGGCCUAUAGUAUCACCUGUCCCAUCAUUGUCCCCUUCGGUCUGAUGUACAUGCUGCUGAAACACCUGGUGGACAGGUACAACAUGUACUACGCGUACCUGCCAUCCAAACUGGACAAAAAGAUCCACUCUGGAGCCGUCACUCAGGUAGUGGCCGCGCCCAUCCUCUGCCUCUUCUGGCUGCUCUUCUUCUCCACGAUGCGCACAGGUUUAAAAACGCCGACCUCCAUGUUCACUCUGGUGGUUCUGGUCGUCACCAUCGUGGUCUGUCUGUCUCAUGUGUGCUUCGGACACUUCAAGUACCUGAGCGCUCACAACUACAAGAUCGACACAAAGGAGAAUGAUGUGGACACUGUCGAGAAUGGACGCCCAAGUCGUCCUUCCUCAUCCCCGACCACCAAAUCUCAGCAGCAGCAGACUCAGCAGCAGCAGAGUUACAUCGCCCAGGUCCUCCAGGAUCCAAACUCGGACGAGCCGGGCGGUGGCAGCAGCGAGGAGGACCGGGGCUCGUCCCAGGAUGAGGAGAUGCUGAACGGAGGGAACAGCAUCAACGAGGCGGGUUUCCAGUCAGGAGAGGACAGUCUGAUCGCAAACGAGGUCCAUCAGUAGCCGAAGGCCAGGCUGGAGGGAGGGGGCGGAGCUAGUUCAUACCCACGCAUCAGUCAAACAGGAGGCUGGCUGGAGCUACCAGCAGACUGGUAGCACCCCCCCCCCACUUCAGCCUGAAGACCCUGACCUUCGACGCCGGCGUUGGGUCACCCACAUCCAGCCCUGCACACCAGUGGCGGCCUGAAGGACAUCAGACUGUCCCCACAGGAAGUCCCUGUACAUGACCAUAAAGCCAAAUUUUUUGUUUUUCUUGGUUGGGGAGGGUUAAAGUCGUGCCUCGGCUGGAUUUACUUUGUUCGCACUUGUGUCUUGACACCUGAUCCGUCUGCAGGUUGUCCGAUCCAGACCUGCUGAUGCUGAUGUUGUCUUUUUCCUCUAAUCGAACCCAUGGUGAUGCCACCGUCCGGUGUUACGUCACCGGCAGUUGUUAUAGACGUAGAAGCUUCGCUUAUGCAGACGUCCCUCUUCCCCUCCACUCAUUCUGAUCCCCUCCUUCCCUACUUUCCCUCCCUCCUCUCCUUCCCUCCUCUCCCUCCCUUCUCUCCUUC